AUCUAAAGUGCAUUUGUUUACAUAAACGGACAGACAUAGUGAAGAUAAAAUAAAAUUAAAAAAUUCAUAAGAAAGUGCGAAAAAUAAAUUUAAUAAAAUCUACCAUGGACGCUUUAACCAUUGCAAUGGAAGAUGCGCUCUUAAAGUCCGACAAGAAAGUAAUGGAGGUAGAGGACCAAGGAUCUAAGGUGGCUACAGUAGCUGAUCCAGCCCCUGCUACAAUACCGGAUCCAGUUCCUGCUCCAACACCAUCGCUAACCCCUACUUUGGUAUCUGCUUCAGCAUCAGAGUUGCUUGCCUUAAAGGUCGCUUCGGUUGAGAAGUCUUCUGAAUCUACAGAUUCAGACCCGGCAGCAGCUCCCACACCCGCAAAGGCAUCAAAUGUGGAAUCCUCGGGCUCGAAUGUAUGUAAACAGUGUAGAGGAAGACACCCGCUGUAUAGGUGCGCUAGUUUUUGGAAGUUGCCUCAUGAAAAGAGGCUUCGAUUCGUAAUUUUACAUCGACAUUGCUACAGAUGUUUAUCGACUAAACACCUGGCUAAUGAGUGCAAGUCGUUGGUGAAGUGUAACAUCUGCCACGACAAUCACCACUCACGAGGAAAAGGUCAAAAGAAGAAAGGCGCGAAACCUAAACCCCCUACUUCAGCGCAUUCAAAAGCGAAAUCUAUGCCCUAUCCCGUUCAGACUUCUCAUGUGCCAUUAAGACAUUAUAUUAACCUGUCUCCGACCUUAAAGGUAAAUUUGUUGAUAGGUAACCGUCGAAUUUUGGUCUGAGCGGUUUUAGACCUGUGUUGUCCGAUGUCUUAUGUUUGUGAGUCCCUAGUCCAGCAGCAUAUGCUGCCUGUCUCGUCUGCGAACGACAUUAAUAUAUGUCGUUUGACUAUUGGCUCAAUAUACGCGCCUCAUCCUCAGAUAACAUUGUCUGCAACAGUGAGGAAAAUGGUCGGUAUACGAACCCCACCGGAAAAUAUUCCCAACGACAUUUUAACUUUAUUUGACGGUAUUCAGCUAGCUGAUCCCACAUUUAAUCAGUCGGGACAGGUCGCGUUGGUUUUAGGGCCAGAACUAAGUGCUUCCAUUAUCAAAGGAAAAAUACAUUCUAGCCCGGGUAUUCCACUCGCUCAAUACACUUUAUUUGGAUGGGUCAUUUCCGGCCAAUCCCCUUAUUGAGAAAAUAAAAACAAUACUAAAUUGACCUGUGAAUGUUAUUUAUUCAUCGGUACAGUCGAGAGACUGAAAAAAUCCACCUGUGGGACUUCGGUUCUAUGGGGAAAGUUGAGAGACUUCUUAAAAAUCCUCCUGUGGGACUUCGGUUCUAUGGGGAAUGUCGAGAGACUUCUUAGAAAUCCACCUGUGGGACUUCGGUUCUAUGGGGAAAGUCGAGAGACUUUUUAAAAAUCCUCCUGUGGGACUUCGGUUCUAUGGGGAAAGUCGAGAGACUUCUUAAAAAUCUAAGCAGGUCCUUUGACCUUUCGUCGAUAUUUUUAAAAUUUGAAAAAAUAAUAAUUAUGAAAAAAAAUUGAAAAGAAAACAUAAUAUAAAUAGAUAUAUAAUAAUGAAAAAAAUGUGUAUAUGUAUAAGUUUAUCCUAGAUUUAUUAACCUUUAUUUCUCAUUUGUUGUUACAACUAACUUCGUCGUUGCAAGAUGGCCGGCAAUGUUCAUUUUAGAAAUUAAUUAAAACCGCUAACGGUAUAAAGUAAUUCGCAACUAGUUGCAAAGUUUUUUUUAUUUUUUAAAACACUUGUUAAGUGAACGGCCUUACAACCACUUGGUUUAGUGCACAACCCCUAUUGAGAAUCUUUAAGAUAAUCAUAAAUUUAAUAAUUAAACUUUUUAUUGAAAAAACUUAACUUUUUCUUGUCUUUUUAUUUUUUUUUUUUUUUUUUUGCACACAAACAUGGUUUAUGAACAGUAGUAUAAUAAUUUUUGGCACCAUGGGGAAUA